CCCUCGUACUCCCAUGCCACCACCCCGAAGCCCCUUCCAUCGCCUGUCUCCUCCUCCCCCUUCCCUGUCCUGAAUCCGGGCCACUGUCCCAACGAGAAUCCACCUCUCUACACUUAUUUCAUGACUUAACCGGUGAAGAAAAAAAAACCUGAGUGAAAACAAACUGGAUUGGAGUUUAUCGAAGUUUUCUCUUGCCCCGAUUGUUGGUCCGCUGCAGGCGGAUCCGGGCAGGCCGAAUACAGAUUGUAUGAUGUGGAUCUGGUACCUCUUGGUUGGUUCGGGCUCGGGCUGUACCUCUGUUGAGAGCCAGCUUCUCCCAGGCAACAACUUCACCACUGAGUGUAACAUCCCGGGGAACUUCAUGUGUGGAGACGGGAAGUGUAUCCCAGGAGGCUGGCAGUGUGACGGCCUGCCCGACUGCUUCGACAAGAGCGACGAGAAAGGCUGCCCGAAGGUCAAGUCGAAGUGCGCCCCCACGUUCUUCGCCUGCGCCAACGGGAUCCACUGCAUCAUCGGCCGCUUCCGCUGCAACGCCUUCAGCGACUGCCCCGACGGCAGCGACGAGGACAACUGCACAGGAAACCCGCUGGUCUGCUCCGAGGCUCGCUUCAAGUGUCGGAACGGCCGCUGUGUGGACCGCAGCUUCCUGUGCAACGGCCAAGACAACUGCCAGGACAACAGCGACGAGGAGCACUGCCUGACCACUGCAGCUCUCCUUUUCGUAGACGGCUGAACCGGCAGUGUCGUUGAGAGUGACAGCCGCUACUGUAUAUGAUAAUGAGAUGUGCAAAUGGAACUUCCCAGAGAGAGGCUUCAGUGACUAGAACCAGUCUGCAGUCAAGUUCACAGACUGACAGGAGCUGUGCAGUAUCGACUGACUGAACGAAAGCCUGCGCUCGCCUGCCUGCGUGCACUGCUUGAGGAAGAGAGGGAGAGGUGGAUAGGCGUGCGGUGCCAUGGCGUUCCGUGGCGUUCUCCGAGAUAGACCGGAUGUCUGUGGGAGAUCUAGUUCGCGGCAGCUGGGGUGGAACCAGGACUCCGUUGAAUGUGUAUUCAUUACUGUAUGUUUGUCAGGACUAUUAUUUCCUCGGCUGUGUCUAAUGCACUCAGGCAGUAGCGAGUCACAGAGAGCUACAAGGGGGAGAAGGGGGGAGGUGGAAGAGGAGGAGGUGGAGGAAGUAAAUCAGGGGAGUUAGAGGUUGCUCCAACCUAGGAGGGUGGAGGGAUGAGGUAAGAUUAAAGCUUUUAGUGGGGUGUCAGCUAUACAGAGUACCUCUAAGGACACAUCUUCAACUCUUCUCACAGAUCCAGACGAAUAGACAGGAACAGACAGACAGACAGGUUAACAGACAGACAGGCACACAA